CUGUUAACUUUACUCACCGAACGGCGCUGGCAUGAGUAAGAACGAAAAUCUGGAUUGUAAGCCAGUUGGAGAGAGAGAACCCAGAGAUGAGACGAUAGAGCUCAAUGAGCUGUUCGGUUGGGUCGGAUGGACGACGAGACGAGGGUGAACCCGGUGAAGACAUACAAAACACAGAUUAAUUAUGAAGGUGAAGGGGUCACGUGAGCAAGGAAAGUGGGUAGAAAGCACGUGAGGUGGAUUGUAUGAGCGCUGUGUGUGAUGGAGAAGAGUUUCAUACACUUAUCUCCUCGUCUAUCCUGUCCAACGAAGGAAACUAAUGGGAGAAUACACUUUGGGAUAUCUGGGUAGAAUCACCGAAGAGUGUAAGACAACACACGACAUCGCAUUCGUCUGGGGUUUAUGAAAUAGUGAAGUGAAGGACGAUGUCCUUUCCGAUCCGCAUCAGCUGACGCCUCCCAAAGCUGAAAGGAACUUCUGUGUCUAUUUCCUGUCUGUCCUGCCGUCGAACGAGAACUGAUACAGAUUCUGCUUCUGUGUACUAUGGGUUUGCCUACACCAAAUCCUCCAGGUUCGAAAUAAGCUUCAGUCGCAGGCAGCCCUGCUGGAAGAGGCUGAUUCUCCGUGGAGGUAUCAGCCAACUUGGAUGCAGUCUGUGCAAGCCUAUCUCACGGAGUAGGAAUCUUGUCGAUAGAAGGGCACUCUGGUAUUGGAGCUGCCGGGAGUUAUCGCGAAGACCAACUACCAGAAUUGGUAUUCCAUCAGGAGAGUUCGUAGUCAGAUGCUUGACAUAAUCCUGCGAAGUACUUCAGUGCUUGAGACUUCCAGAAACAGAAGAUUUAUGGACUAUCACAAAACCUGCCCCGGAACUAGAUGAUCUGUAUUAUCUGACCACACCAGGAUUUUAGUCUUCAUCUAUUGAGAGGAGCACCAUUGCCCUUCACUCUGUGUUUACGGCUAAGUAAACGCUUGAACGUAUAAUGUCUCUCGCCGGACUAGGCGGGAUGCCAAACUAUGCGAAAACUGAACCAGUUGUAUCAAUGGAUGAUGAACCAAAAACUGUAGAAAAGAACUUAGCAACCUGCAAGGUUGAGGAUAUCAGUGUUUUGGAGAGUAAAGUAGGACAUUCAUCCUUCGGGAAUGAAAUAGAUAGAACAGUGGAAGAAAAGAGGACAAGAAUCUGCGUCGAGUCUAGAGGAGAAAGGAGGUUGCAAGUGAAGGUUGAUGAAGGUGCAGCUUCUGGUGAGAGUGGACCAAGGAGCACUGGAGGAGGCCGAGAAAGAUGUAGAGGUUGUGGAGUGAGAGAGGAACCGAGAAAGAAUGAGCUCUGCGAGAGUUGUAAACAAGAGGGUUCCGGGAAUUUCGAGGGGAAAGUCACAAGGUCAAGCACUCGAAGGCGACUGGGCGUCCAACCUGUCACACCACGUCUUGAAGAACCUCGUGCAGUGCGAGCCAAUCGAGGAAUGAAACGUCGUUUUCCUGGUGCUGUUUCAGGGGACGAAUCAGACGACAACUGCGACAAGCGGAAGCGAACUCGAGUUCGAAGCAUAUCCAAAGUUUGUGGACCCAACGCCCAGCAGCAGUCAGGCUCCGAAACAUCUGGAAAAGGUAAGGAAGCUAUUGAUAAGGAUUGGAAGCCGAGCGUGCGAGGAAAGCGACGGGGCCGACAGAGUGAAGUCUUCCUAUGCAACGUUGAAGGUUGCGAAAAGAGCUUUGUCGAUGCUGUUGCGCUUUACAAUCACGGUCGUGUGCACGGAGACAGGCCUUACGUAUGCCAUUGGGAAGGAUGCACAAAGAGGUUUUCGGAGAGAUCAAAGCUAAAACGACACUUCCUCAUUCACACAGGAGAAAAGCCCUUCAUCUGCGUCUACGAAGGUUGUGGAAAGGCUUUCUCUUUGGACUUUAACUUGCGGUCUCACAUGAAGACACACACAGGAGAAUACCAUGAGUGUCCUCAUCCCGGUUGCGAGAAAAGAUACUGUCAGGAGUACAAACUGAGGGCGCAUAUCUGCAAGGAGCACAAGGGAGCAGGAAAAUCAAGUGAUAAUGGAGGUCGCUUGGCGAAAGAGGACUCAGUGAUCUCCUCCAAUGAUAAAGCCGCGAAGAAGAAAGAGAGAGCCGAACAGCUGGAAUUACGGAGGGCCAAGCUGGAAAAGUGCAAAGAGGGAAAAAGGAAACGUAUUCAGGAGCUUGAAGCAGAACUAGAAGGCGAGAUGAAAGAGCUGACCAAACUGGAUAAAGCACUUAGAAAAGUUACCCGAGAACAAGAAGAGGAGGAAUUCGAAGGCUGUGUGGAGCAGGAUUUAUUAUCAGAUAAUGCCGGGGAAGCUGAGCUGGGUGAGGUUUACGGGGAGGAGAAAGAAGUGGUAAUGUUUGCUCAUAAACUCCCUACAGCCGACCAAGGAGCCAGACUCAUGAAUCAGGUUGUGUUAAUUCAGGGUCCUACUCCCCCACUGUCACCAUCGAUUUCAUCGUCUCAACCUUUCUUAAUGUCCCGCGUGUCUACUUUAGACAGCACUUCACCCACAGAAAGUGGCCUCCACUCUCAUCAUAGCACUCAUCUACUCCCUUACAGCGUGACUCCCAUUUGCCAGUUAAGUAUGGACAGCUUGUUUGGAGAUAGACGAAAUUCACAAAAUUUAGUAUCGUUUGUGGGCUCCCAGGGUCUUUCAAUGAGCAAAGAUAGAUUAGGUGAUCCCCAUGGAGGAGGGGUUUCACAAGCCUUUUCAGCCAACUGUCAAUCUUCAAUAUCCUUCAUUCAUGGUGAACAAAGUUCGCAGUGCGAGCCACCUGUCUCGCAGCUUUUCACAUAUCAAGAGCAGCCAUGUUUGCAAGAUUAGGAUCUAGAGGCCUUACCUAUUUCGUGACUUUGUCACUGAACUUAGAAUUUAGAAGUUAGAGUAUUACUGUUGGAAAGGGGUAGGAAAGAGAGGCCUAAGAAAUGUUCUCACAAUCACCAGCGUGCCACUGAAGGAUGGUGUCUCACGAAAGAUUGUCUUUACUCCUCAGUUUGGAAGCGAAGGCGUCGCGGCCUACUACCUCACAAUUAUACGGGAUACUGCUUGCCGAAGGCACGAGCAUUUUCCUCGGGAACUGCGAGAAGCACCGUCCGGGUUCAAAUGCCUAUUAUUGGCUCAUAGUUGUGGUGUUUCACCACGUGUGUUGGGAAUACAUCAACUCCAGUUGGAGGUGUUGAUAGAAAUUCAAUCUAGUAAAGAUUUGAGUGACCACUCGCAUCGG